AUGGCAGACACAAUGAGGAAGAAAACAAGUCUACUUCUUUUAUCUUUCUUCCUCCUCCAAUGCCUAACAAAUACGUCCUCCAUCUCCAACUCCGUGUAUAACCACACACCCUCUGGCUCGGUGACAUUAGCGGUGACGAUCUCGUCAGGAAGAGGACCGUGGUGCUUGCCUUUGCAGGGACUAACGUCGGAGGAGCUCCAGGCGAACAUCCAGGAGGCAUGCAGGAGACCCGGCAGAGCGGAUUGCAGUCCGAUACAGAAAGGCGGCCCGUGCUACUUGCCGGACACCCUCUUCGGGCACGCAUCCUAUGCCAUGAACGCCUACUAUUAUGCCAACGGCAAAAAGGAAAACAACUGCUACUUCAACGCUACCGCCACCUUCAUCUGGAAGGACCCCAGUUAUGAAAACUGCGUAUAUCCUUCAUAA